AUGGGGGUUCCUCUUCAGGGCGAAGCCCGCUAUAGGAAGAUCAAAGUGCUCGGAGAAGGAACUGUAGGUAUUGUUUCGAAGGCACGCGACCGAACGAGGAAAAGAGAUGAUAUUAACAGCAUUGUCGCCAUUAAGAAGAUUAGGAUGGGACACUACAAGGAUGGCAUUUCUGUGACAGCGUUGAGAGAGAUUAAGCUUUUACAGGAGUUGAAGCAUCCCAAUGUCAUUGGCCUUGUGGAUGUGUUCGCGGGCACUAACAAUGUGAACAUGGUAAUCGAGUUUUGCGUCACGGAUUUAGAACUUGUCAUUCGUGAUCGCUCUAUUGCCCUAACUCCAGCAGAAGUGAAAUGUUGUAUGAAGAUGAUCCUGCACGGGAUUGACGCCUGCCACGAGAAAUGGAUCCUCCAUCGAGAUCUCAAGCCCAGCAACAUCCUGGUCGGUGCAGACGGUCAACUCAAGAUUGCUGAUUUCGGUCUCGCACGCCUUCACGCAUCCCCGAAGUCCCGCCUCACUCAUCAAGUUAUCACGAGGUGGUAUAGACCGCCGGAGCUACUCUAUGCAGCACGUACUUACGGUCCGGCGGUCGAUAUGUGGUCUGUUGGGUGCAUUUUUGCCGAGCUGAUGCUCCGAAUGCCGUAUUUGCCUGGGGAUUCGGACAUUGACCAGUUAGCCAAAAUCUUUCAGGCGCGAGGUACCCCGAGCAAGGAGGACUGGCCAAACCAUGACGCUCUACCGGCCUACGUUGAAUUCACACCAACACCGGAGCCGGACCAUAGAAUACUGUUUACGGCUUCAUCACCAGAAUCUUUGCAUCUCCUGGACAAAAUGAUGUACCUCGAUCCACUUAAGCGAAUAUCUGCAAAAGAAGCGUUGAAGCAUCCCUACUUUUCACUCGAGUACCCGGCAGCAUGCGACGCAGCUACUUUGCUUGCUAAGAUUAAAAGCGGAAGCACAGUGAAAGACCAGGGAACCGCCAAUGGGAAUGGAGAGGAUUCCAUGGAUGACAGUCGCGAAGGCGAGCAGGGCUCAAAACCAGUCGUGAGUGAAACUGCUCGCGCUUUGGGAGGACGACGGCUUGAUUUCUCGUAG